CAACCACCCUCCGCAGCUGCGAGGGGUAUGACGGGGACCGAUACUACCGAUGCUGCAUGGCACAAACACGAACAAAUGCUCCUCAUGGAAUCCAGGCACAAGCAACAAUUAAGCGGGAGGGCGGGAACGGGCGGAGGCGGUGGCGGCGGGGGUGGCGCACCCCUUUAUGGUCGUUUGGUAGCGGAGGAGCCCCUGCCCCCCUCAGUAUGCGGGGGCGCCGGUGCCGGUGGCGGAACCGGCGGGGUUCCCCAAGAAACUCCUGCGGAUAUUCACGCCAUGCAAGCUAGGAUACCCCCUAGGUUUCGUGAUCCAGCCACCGCACCCCUUAGGAAACUCAGUGUCGAUCUCAUCAAAACUUACAAGCACAUCAAUGAGGUUUAUUACGCUAAGAAGAAGAGAAGGGCGCAACAGAUGCAAGGAGAAGAUGGUUCCCAUAAAAAGGAAAGAAAAUUGUACAACGAUGGCUGGGAUGACGAUAAUCAUGAUUAUAUUAUCAAAAAUGGGGAAAAGUUCCUCGAUCGCUAUGAGAUCGAUUCGUUAAUAGGUAAAAGACUUGUUGUUGACAUUAUUCUUGUCGAUCAAAUGAAUAAAAUCGUAGAAGUACUAGGAAUGCCACCGAAACAUAUAUUGGACCAAGCGCACAAAGCGCGGAAAUACUUUGACAAAAUCCCCACGGAUGGCUCGUAUGUGCUGAAAAAAUCUAAGGACGGUAAAAAGUACAAACCUCCUGGCACGAGGCGCCUGCACGAUAUCUUGGGCGUGGAAAGCGGAGGCCCUGGUGGUAGAAGGAUAGGUGAACCUGGCCAUUCAAUUUCUGAUUACCUCAAAUUCAAAGACUUGAUUCUGCGGAUGCUGGAUUUUGAUCCGAAAACAAGGGUGACGCCGUAUUACGCACUUCAGCACAAUUUCUUUAAGCGAACAGCCGACGAGGGGACCAACACGAAUAUUGCUGCUGCCAACAGUGCUAACACGAGCCCGGCAGUAGUAUCGAUGAGCCAGGAUCACGAUAUGAUGGGGGGACAGUACGUGGCUCGAUGACUGUCGUAUCCGCGGGGCGGCGACGACCUGUCCUAGGCCCCAACCCUAAUCUUACUUACUAACAUAAGUAAGUUCUGUCUAACAAA